AUGCUUUUGCGUGCCAUCUCACUGUUAGUGUUGGUUAUACUGCUCCUUGAACUACCAACUUUAAAAUGCGCAAUUAACUGUCCAGAAAACAAGGGAAGCCUGAGUAGCGCACAAAGAGCAGCAGUAUUGGAUUCGAUCAAUGAUGUUCGUAGAAAAGUGGCCAAAGGAAAUCCCAAGCUACUACAUCCGGAAGCUCCAACUGCAACAAAGAUGAACAAACUGAAAUAUAGCUGUGAAUACGAGAAGAAGGCUUUGAAGUUCACUGAAAGCAAAAACGACAAUAACGGCGGAUGGAUAAGACAUACAAGCCAGUUUCGCGGAAAUCUUGAUCGGGAGCUGCCGAAAAUGUUCGAAGAGUAUGCAAUGAAAGUUGGAGUUGCCAGUAUAGCUCAUGAUAUGGCAAAAUAUGUGGGCUGCGCCGUGAAGAAAAAUAAAAAUUCGACUUUGACGGUCCACUGCAACUUUGAUAAAGGAUGGAGCUAUCGCAAAACCAAACAGCCUUUUGUGAAGACUGGAGCGCUGUGUUCCGAAUGCGUUCCAAACGGAGCUCGCUCGUGUGAUGAUGGCCUCUGCAAAGUGUAA